AUGAUGAUACUAAUGAUGAUACUACUGUAGGGUAAAGUUUGAUGGUCGUAUGUUCUACCUGCAGUGUAUCUCGUCAACGGACCACAAGUACUUAUACAACUUUGUUCAAAUGGAAGGAAACCUGUCACAGUGCUGUCAGUAUAAGGCUCACUUGAGUAUUAUCUCCGAGGAUCCUAGCGUUGAACCGAUCAAGCACAGUAUCCCCAUCACCUCCCUAGACCUUCACUGUGUUGAUGAUUUCAAUAACAUCGGGUUCAUGAUGGUCGUUACAAACAUGGUUCUGCAGGAUUAUUUAACUAUAGAUCCUGAGACUGGCCGCUCAUUCUUUAAGCUUCAUCUUAAAAUAACAAAACUUGACAAAGCUGAAAGUGAUAAACUGCUGGCUAAAGUAGAGAAGGCUGGAGAUGCUUCAGAAAAGGAGAAGAAUGCUCAAGAGAAACUGGAGAGAGAACGCAAGGAGAAAAGUGAUAAGGAUUCCGCUGAUAAAGCUCAACUGCGCGCCGGAAAUAAUCGAAUUAUAACUGCCCACGUGUCGAGUACCAUGGGACAUGGGUACAGACUAGCAGAGAUCACUCCAUCUAGGAGAAUACUGAUGCUUGAGUACAGUACUCGACAUUUAACUGUUCCUCUGACAAGACAACAUCCUCUGCUAACAUCAGAACUACGCGCAUACCAGACUGCUACAUCCAAAGAAGAUUAUCUUAUAAGAGUUAAACGUGAGCUCAAAGAUUAUACAACCAGACAGGCGGCUAUUAACCGGACCCAACUGCUGACGAUCAACCAACCGCCUGGCCAAGACCUGGCCCCUGUUCAACCACCCGCCGCCGCUGCCGCGAGAAAUUAUCAAGAUCCCUUGGAGGAUAGUCUGCGUCGGCUGAGAGCCCGUCAUUCUUCUCCAACCUCACAUUACGGAAUCUUCAACAGAGAUUAUAACUUCUAAAACAUCUUCCUAAAUAUUGUAAAAAAAGAAAAAAAUAUUCUAUAUCGUGAAAACUGAAAAUAUGUUUAAAGUUAAUUUUCUCAUAUCCAAAAAGUAUGUAAAUGUUUAAUAGUAAUUUCUUAAUUCGAAAAAA